AUGGAAAACCACUGUAACUACCGCUUCAUCGCGCAUGUGGAAGGCCGCUCCUAUUCUGCAUCCCUCAAGUAUCGUCAGGCCUGUCGAUCUGUAAUUGUGAUUCACAAACUACAGUUUAUUCAACAUCACCACUAUCUUCUGGUUUCCUCCGGUCCACACCAGAACUUUGUCCAGGUCGAGAGGGACUGGUCGGAUCUACCACACAAGAUAUCAGAGCUUCUCGAUGAUCCUAUCCAAGCCCAGGCGAUCGCGGAUAAUAAUGUAAAGCUAUUUCGCGAGCGGUAUCUGACUCCAGCUGCCGAUACCUGUUACUGGCGCGCGUUGCUGCAAGCGUGGACUACCGCAUCCCCUGAAGUCACUGAAACCGUAGUGGACCCGACCAGUGGUAGUGGCCACCGGAGAGGGAUUCGAUAUGAGUCAUUUACCUUGUUGGAUCCCAGCAGUAUGAUGCGCUUUGGGUCUUGA